AAGCGGGCCGUUCGUGAUCAAAUAAACACCAAGUAAGGAAACUAAGGAUUAGAGGUGUGAAAAGGUUUCUAUGAAACCGUGUGCUCUUUGAAAAAUGUCGCGCUUCAAAAGGUGGCAAUCUUUGGUGUUGGACUUAAACUCCCUCAGAUAGCAGUUGUCGAUAACGAUGCUGUUAUUAGCAGAAGCUGGGCGCACUUUGAACAAAGAUUUGACGAGCCUCUUUCGGCACAAUCUGCAAACUCCGCACGUUCUCGACCGGCUGGUUCACGAGCUUCACAGUGACAAAGAGCUAUGCAGUUACUUGUUUUUAAAUCAUCCUGGCUCAGAGGACAUGCUGUGGGGGCUUAUGAACCUCUUGAUGGAAGAUUCACGGUGAGAACGCGUUUUGUUUAUGUUCAAGUGAACAGCUGAAAAUUUGAAAGGUUGUUGUGUGAAACUUUCAACACUGUUGAACAAAAGCGUAGUUGGUUUUGAAUGAAGAGCUAACUAUAAACAAAAUUAAAUCAGCAAAAACAUUUUCGAAAAGGUCAGUAUCAAUUGCAGUAACAAACCAGCGGGUUGCGAGGGUGAUGUUAAUGAGUCGAUUAGUUAACUAUUGUCUUCAUUUGUGUUGUGUUUGGGAUUACACAAAAGCCUAGCGAAAACAAGAUAACUGCAAGGUUAUAUUAACCACUAAUUGAAUCUUGCAUUCAUUUCUUAAAAAGGCACAAUGUUCUGGAUGAUUUAUUUUUGCAAUAAUCGUUAAAAAAACCUGCCUUCCUUAAAAUUGCGGGCCGCGAUCUCUUGAUUCUAGGAAAAGAUCACAUUAAAAUGAGGCAACACAAAACAGUUUAAUAUGCUCUCGGUGUUUUUGUUCAAAGGAUUGUUAGUCUGAAUUUUUUUCGGUAAAUGAUAGAUUGGAUCAUUGCAAUUAUUAUGCUAAGUUUAAUUUAUCCUAUAUAUUUAGUUUUAUAUUUUUCAUCCGCUUUUCCCGACCACAGGAAAUUUUUGUGUAAUUUUAUACUUGAGUAAUGUUUACUUUGCAUGCCAUUUGACGUAAGCUUUCCUAAAUUAUUCUCAUGUUAAAUUUUAAAAGUUAGAUAAUUAGUGAUAUUUCAAAGUUGAGAGAAAAACUUCAUUGUCAUUUUUGUGGUUUGAUCUCAACAUGCGUCUCUUUUCAGACUAAUUUUGUGAUAAUUAUCCUUAUUGACACCCUGCUUAUUUCCUCUGUUGAUUACAAGUAUUUCCUGUGGUGCCCAUAAGUGGCUUAACGUGUUAAGAAUAAUUUAUUUCCUGCUUGUCAUGACAAGCUUGUCUUUUCUGUUUUCCUUAUGGAAAUUUCUUUUUGCACCUGCCACCCUUUCACUUCCAAGAUCAAAAUAUCAUUUCUCUGUACUGUCUUCCACACAUUCCACAUUUUAUUUAUCUUUUUACUAAGAAUUUGUUGCUAAAUCAAAAAAACAUCCCAAUUGAUAUAUUUCUACUUCCCUUCUGCUUUAUAUUGUAAGGAGAUUUCCUUUGAAUCUCUCCUGGGAAUGAAAGAGUAAAAUUUACUAUCCAAAUUGUUUCGUGUUUCCAUGGAAACCAUUUGAUCCUGAAACUUUGAGACUGAAUUUCCACUAGCUAUCAUGACUCAGGAUUGGUGAUGAAGUGGUAACAGUUUUAUAUUACCUGGAGUUUUUUUUUUUUUUGCUUUUGUAAUAUCAAUCUACAUUGACUUUUUUGGCUAUUACUCUUCAACUAGGAAAAGUUUUAAGGAUUUUUGAAACCAUGAGAACCCUAAAUGGAAUGGGAGUUUUCCUGAGGGUCAUAGAUAUGACUAGAUAUAAAAAGUGUGCAAAAGAAGUGAGGUUAUCCAGUUGUUAACCAGAGUUCACCCCUGGGGGUAAAGAUUAUGGAACUCAGGGCUGUUAAUAUGUCCCUGUGCAAAGCUUAGUAAACUACAGGAAGAAACCCCUUUUCUAGGUAAUACUGAGCUCUGUAAAUUUUCAGAAGACCCAUAAUAAAUCAUUGCUAUUGAUAACUUGAGGAUGGAUCACUUUUCUUAUAGAACUGCUGGUAAUGCAUCAUAUGUGAUUGGAACACUGGCUGAGACAGACCUAGGUAAAAGACGAAUUGUUCAGAUAUGCACAGACAAAGGUGACCAGGCCAAGAAAAUUUUGCCGGCACUCACAAACAUGCUGGACAUGGCUGAUACAGAAACUGUCAUGAAUGCUGCAGGAACUAUGGGAACAUUGGUAAGGCUUUACAUUGAGUAACUGUUUUACAGAGAGAUAAUUAGCAUGAUUGAGAAAAUUUUGUUUUAUAGGACAAUAGAUUCUUAGAUGAUGUCACCUUAAAAAAAAUUUCACUUCUCUAUUGUGGAAGACAAAAUGGUUCCAUGUUUCUACAUUUAUGUUUAAUAAUGGAUCACAGAAGACAUCAAAAUGUGGUAAAAAAAACAUCAGCAACACACUCAGCUGUGCCUCAUGUGUGGCUUUUUUGUUCUUAUUACAUUUUAUUGUCAUCUGUGAUCUACCACUGAGUAUAUGCAGGACAACAUGAAAUCCAGGUUUUCAACUGGUACCUGCAGCAAAUCACUUUUGGUAACAAAAAUUUGAACAAAUAUCACUCUUUGUUCUUGUGAUAUGAUGCGAAGUGCAGGUGAGAAUCUUCCCACAAACUUUUGCUCAAAAGUUGGAGGAAACUUCAGAAGAACUUUAAACAAAAUUCUGUGAUUUUCGUUUGCAUUAUUUUUGCAUGUUACUGCACAUAAUAUGACCCAACCUAUUAUAACCUAUUAUAGAGUCUUAUCCCUUAUUCAGGAGUUAUAUACAAGUCUGAAUUACAUUCAGCUGAUCCAGUGGGUAUUGAAUAUCCAAAUUUUGAUAAUAUCUCUAGGCAGAAGAUGGGGAAUGCCGUAUGUGGAUGCUACGUGAGGACUGCUUGGAUGAAGCUAUCAUCAAACUAACAAACCUUCUAUCUUCCAAAGACAUGUGUACAGCCAGUAAUGCGGCCUUGGUCUUAGCCAGGUAAUUUUAUUUUCAAGAUAAAAAAGGAAAAUUCUACAUGAAGAAGUAUAUCUGCAUCUCUUAUUGACAGUUAGAGUUAUCAAAAUGCGAAUUAGCUUAAUUGACAGUGAGAGUAGAUUGGUUUUCAACUGAGUGUUAAAAGAACAAUUCAUGUAAGAUUUGUUGUUCACAAAUUUCAGGCUGACAAUUGCAGAAGAAGGCUGUGCAAGGAUUUUGAACCAUCGUAGUUCGAGUCAUACGUUAGUACAGCUGUGCAGAGCAUUGGGAUCUGAUGAGACAGGUAUAGGGCUUUUUUCAUUGUGCCUAUAACAUGUCAUCUGUAACAGAGGCUCUGUAACAGAGGCUCAAGAUGGAAACAAGUUGUUUCAAUCUGAUCUUACUUGAUUCUAAGUUAUUCAGGGUGGAAAUGCAUCGUCAAUUAAUGUGCCCUAAAUUAAAAAUUAAUAAAGAUUUUUUCAGGCAACAAUUUCACAUCAGUUGGCCAAUAUUACCAUAUUAUGUACCUGAUGGGUUGCUUUAACCCUUUAAUCUCUAAGAGUGAUUGGUAACUAAUUUCCCCAAGGUGUAUCACCCUUGAAUCAAACAUUAGGGUCACUGCAAGAAUAUUAUAAUAGGAAUUGAUCACUACAACUAAGAAGCUCUUGAUUGUUCAACAAAUUCACCUUGACAGCGCCUCAGGAAAUAUAUGGUGAACAUUAUGGAGAAUAUACUUACUGAUCUUAAGGUGUAGAUGGUUAAUUAUAGAGAGCUGGAUUGAGAUAAAAAGGUGUUACGUGGGUUUUUGCAGCUUUCACUCUUGUCCAUUAGACUAAUAGAAGAUUGUUGAAUCAUGGGGAAAGAAAACAAGCAGAAUGGUCCUAACUAAUGAAAAUUAUUUUGAAAACAAUUUAAAGCUAUGAAAUAAUAUGUAAAAGCCCAAGGAAAGGUCAUUGGUCCAACCUUUUGUAAUAUUGUUGUUUAAGUUUAACAAUGACCUUAUUUAACCCACAGGUAGAGGGAUGAAUGCAGCUUUUGCUAUUGGGAGACUGUGUGACUUUGAAGCUGGAUGCAAAAGAAUGUUAUCUUUGAAAACAUCCAACCUAAUGGUAAUAAAAGUAGCUGUAUGUAGCAGUCCACAACUCCAAUUUUCAUUGUGAUUUUAUAUUUCAUCAAACUUUCCCCUUCCAAUUAAUUAUUGCUGAAAUUGAAAUCACAGGAUGCUAAUCAUGUUUAUAUGCAUAACACCUGUCAGUACCAUACUGUUGAAAACUGAUUGGUUUCUACACCAUGAGCAGGUGGAAUACUUAGCGACAUGUUUUUGAUAGAAUUAUAUGUUUCUUGACUGUUACAGAUGUAUGUAUGAGUUCUUUUCUAAUGAUUGUUUUCCAUGUGCUCAUUGCAAAAUUCAAAGAUUAAUUAUUUCUUAUAAGUAUUAGCACAUAUGUUGAUUACCAAAUCAGAUGAGAUUAUUACACUUGUUCAUUUAUAAUGUUAAAUAUGUUGAUUUUCCCCUUGCUCUUUUAUCCUGUUCAUUUGGAAAUUUAAUAACUACCCUGCAGGGACAUUGUUAUUGCAGGUGUUUCACUAGGUAUCAAAAAACUGAGAAUUCUCAGCGUACUGUGCAGAAUUCUCUGGCUAAAUUUUGCUGGCUUGAGUAGUUUCUUAUUCAAAUUUGGAGAAUAUUUUGUGGCUAUUUUACAACAUAUUAUUCUUUAAUUAAAACCUUGAAUUUAAUUUUACUAAUAAACUUAUUUCUGUUAUUGAAUAGAUCAACUCUCUCAUUGACAUGCUGCACUCUGCUGAUUCUGGAUGUUGCAAGAAUGCUUGCUUUGCAUUAAGCUGUAUAGCAUCCUUAGCUCAAGGACAUCAGCGCCUGCUGAAUCAUGAGAAGAUUAAUAGCAUUGUUGACAUUCUUUGCUCUCUCUUGGCUGCAAGUGAUGAAGAAAGCAUCUGGUUUGCAUCAAUGUAAGUGAAAAUAGGAUUGCAAAUUGACUGUGUUUUACUGACCAUAUAAGUGAUAUAAAUGUACUUCUUUUGCUAGUUAGUUAGUCUGUUUAUUGUUGAAAGAUAUGUUGAGCCACAAACAAAGGGGAAAAGAAAAAAACAAAUCAAAACAAAAGAAAGAUUGGCAAACUGAUCCAGGUUGAAUUCAAACUAAUCCAGGUUGAUAUGGAUAACUUGAUGAAGAACAAAGUAAUGUGUAGUAGAUUGAAACAAAUUGACCUGAAGAACAAAUUGACGCGCAACAGGUGCAUUAUGUAGAAAGAGCAAAGAUAUAAAACCUUUAAAAAACAUUCUAACAAAAAUUAACAUUAAUUAUUAGGCAUGUCUACUACUCACUACCAGUAAAUGAAUACUGUGUUUUGAAGUUCUUUUGAUAACCUAUUUUGACUAGAAUGAUUUUAAUAGGUAUGUGUGUGGUUAAAACCCUUUCUUAUUGGAACUCAUAGUUUUCUAUGCCAUGUACUUACAACAAAUACACUAACAUUGCAUAUUCUUUACUUUUCUGGAAAACAUUAAAGGAUGUUGCAUACCUUCGCCAGUCAAAAAAGUGGCUGUUUGUAUCUUAGGACUCAGCCCAAUGUGAGGGAAUCCUUAGAGGUUGGUACUCAAUAUGUUUUCUGUGUUAAAUUCGGUCCUUCCAUUGUCAUGUGGGAAAUAAGGCUAGAUAUUGGGCACUUUUGAAAAGACAAAUUCACUAUUCAUUUAAGUAAUAGACUAGUACAUGUUUGUUGUUGUGUUGCAUGUAUUAGAUGGUAUACAAUAACAUCAAGUUGCAAUCUCUAAUAAUGCCUUUAAUUUAAGGGCACUGGUUAGUUUGUCAUUUUAUCCUUUCAUUUUCACUUCAUGUAAAUAGCUAUUCUCCACAUCACAUGUCGUGCAUUUCUUAUAAUAUAAGAUCUAAGAACAAUGUUCCCUAUCUGAUAUUUUCCUUUCUUAUAACCUUUCUGCUAAUUAACAAGUUAGUGGUGUUUCAAGGAGGAAUCCCUUUUUGGUCACUCAUGGAGUGCUAAGAUUAAUUUUUUGUUUUUACUUGGUAGGCUCUCUUAGAGAGGCCAAGUCUGAAAGAGGAUACUAAGGAGGAAGUGGAAGCAACUCUGGCCAUUUUAGAAAAACUUCCCCGACCUAAACCACCAAACAUUAAAGGUUUGCAAUAAUAUUGUGCAUUGUAGUAUAGUAGUUCUAUUACCCUAACUCAACUCAUGCAUUUGACAUUUUUAAUCCUAGCAUCAUACAUGACACUUGUUAUCUAUGAACUUUGCGGCUUUCUUGCUUGUCACAGAGUUUUCCGUAUCCCCACAGUAAGGUAUAUGAGCAUGAAAUCCAAAGGUCUAUUAGGUUUGAUUCCUAAUGUGGGGGAUCGAUCGACUCAGGUUUUAUUUUAGGGUCCUAUACACUCUUGGCAAAUUAAAUGCGAUAUUUGGUUAGUAUGGUAGUUACUUCUGAAGUCUGUUUUGUGGUGGUGUCUGAUUUUGGACACUAGUGUCCAAUAUUAGUUGCUAUAUGUAGUGUUCUAUUUUGAGAGACUAGAGACGAUUUUGACACCAGUGUCCUCAAUCAGUCGACAAAGUCCAAACUUGAAGACCUGUGUCCAAUAUUUGACACUAGUAUCCAAACUGUACAAUAGUGUCCAAAAUCGUAUACUUGAUUGUAAAGUUGGAAGUGAAGAAAAGAAGGGCACUUGUGUUGAGUAAUCUUUAAGAUGUAGCUCAAACAAGUUAUCUCAGCAACUUUUAUCAAUCGAGAAGAACUUCAAAAGAGGUAGUCAAUGGGUGUUCAUGAAAUCUUUGGAAAUCAUACCUGAUUUUUGUGUGAAAUUGGCUGGGCAUAUUGAAAAUUGGGUUAGACAAUGUUCAAUGACUUACGGUUAUUUUUCAGCUUUAAUGAUGUUGUAAUAAUAUAGUUAUAUCAAAAGUUAAACAUGGUAAUGUAAAGUAGGUUGAAGUUUGGUAGAAAUGAUGUAAGUUGCCUUGUUUUUAACUUGCAAGUGGAGAGUGCCUACAGUGUUAUUGUGAGCUGGGAUCCUAUUCAUCCAAAAAGUGGUCUUGAUGUCACAUACCUUCUUUUCCAAGGUAAUAAAUUCAUAUCUCAAAAGGUAGCUAAACAUGAUUCUCAACAAAAGAUGGUGGAGGCCAUUUUCAUACCUCUUAGAAGUUAGAAUUUGUUUUUUGUCGUGAUUGCAAUUUAUGUCCACCUUUUAGACUGGUUAACGGUCAAGUCGGCCAAAAGUCAUCUUGCCCCAAGUCAUGUCGCCUGAAACCAGAGUCAUGUUGCCUGAAAUUCAUAGUCAUGUUGCCUGAAAUCCUAAGUCAGGUUGCCCAAAAUUUUAUCAAGUGUUUAAACUUGAAGAAAAGUUUAAUCUUAAGUAAAUUGCAAGGAAUAAACUUGUAAAAUGUUGACUCGUGAAACUCAGGUUGUUUGUUUCAUUGUUAUUUGAGAGAAUUCACAUCAGAUCUGAAAAUUAAAGGGUAAUAAACUGCUGUAGAGAUUAGAACCUAUAGCCAAGAAACUUUGCAUCUCUGUUAAAUGUUCAUUCACUCCAGAUGAGAAAUUGGUUUACUCUGGUCCAAGAACAAGUUACAUAGCCAAUGACUUAACACCAAACACAAAGUACAGCUUCUAUUUACAAGCCUCAACAGAAGGGGAUGACAGUCCUCUAAGCAAGAAUGUGUCUGUUGUUACUCCUGAAUCAGGUACUUCUAAUCCCAUUGAAACUCCUACCAGUAAACAGGUCAAGUCAACACUUGAUUAGUGUGAUCCUUGAGGUCUAUUUCAACAAAAGCAAAGUAGUUAGCUGUCCACAGUGAUGGCUCUCUUGUCUUGUGGAUUAAGUUAAUUAGAAUUUAAUUUGAAUUUGAAUCUAAUUGAUUGUAAAGGAAGGCUGAAACACCCCCAGAAAGGGCCAUUGUUGAUGUUAGCUAGAUCUUUAUCUGAGUAGGAAAAACAUCAAAACUUGAUUAAAAACUGAAAAAUGAGAAAUUCUCUGUUAGUCAAAGUCUUGUAAUCCUUAAACUCUAGAGACUGAGUGGGUGUAUUGUCAGCGCUCCCUUUCUUUCAGAUUCUCUGUUAUCUUAGCACCCCUUAAAAGUUGAUCUUAAUGGAUAUAAUUGCAUGUUCAAACCCUCUACUGUAUAUAAAGCCUUUUUUCAUAAAUUAGUAGUGUGUGAGUAAUAACAAUUUCAUUUCUAAUGAUGUCCUAUGUAAUACACAGUUCCAAGUGCACCUCAGUCUCUCCAAGUGUUAAACAAAUCUACAUCACAGAUAAAAAUAAUGUGGGAACCACCAGAAACUUCCAAUGGGGUACUUAAGGGAUAUCAAAUUGUUGUGAGAGGUAUAUCUUUUAAAGUAUUUUUCCAUACUCAGUUGCAGUGAAAAUUUGUGUCAUUGACAUCAUAUUGUAUUAUAUAUUGUAUUAUAUAUUAUAUUAUAUGUAUAUAAUUUUGAUUUUGUAUGUAAUACCUAACAAAAAUGCAGGCUUAGCAGUAUAGCCAUUGAAAAAUCAUGAUAAAUACAAUUGAUUUGCCUACCUUAACAUCAUGAAACAAAUGAUGAACUGUUUGUUUAUCUAAAUAAAACCAUGAUGAACAACAAUAUUUUCUAUAACAACAAUGCAUGUGUCAGAAGACCUUCAAUCAGUCAUUUGAAUGAAGUGUAGGCCACAAGACAUUAAAAGUAAUUAUCAUGUUUUUCUGUACUAUUGAGGUAAGACAUCCAGUCUUGAAGUCCAUGAGAAUUACUUCAUUUUAUCCAGUUUGCCUCCUGACACUGAAUUUACAUUCCAGGUAUGUAAAAAGAUCCCACAGUCUUUGCUUACACACAGGAUGGGUACCACAAGCAACCAACCUAAGCAUUUUUCUGCUUUAUUUGACUUUAAGGUGUUUGCUCUGACAAGCAAGGGACGAGGAGAAGCAGCCAUUCUAACAACAGCUACUGAUGAUUUAGGUUGAGUCGAAAAAAAAAUUGAAUAUUGAUGUCUUAUACCCAAUGAUAUUAAUUAAAAACUGGUGGUUGUUCAAUAACAGUAAUCUAGUAAAUGAGUUACGUGGCUCAGUACUUAAAUUCCUUACUUUUACACUUGUGCCAACAAUAUUUAUCAUUCUAGACAUUUUAGUGUAUUAUUUUAUUUUUUAUUUCAUAGUUUGUAUUGCUGCUACUCAUCCUUCCUUGAGCAUUAUUCAAUAUUAACCCUUACACUCCCAGGAGUGACCUAUAAAGAGGAAUUUCUCCUUACAAAGUCAGUACAUUUUAAAGUACAAAAGUAGCAAGAAGGGAAAAUAUAAACUAUAAGGGACUUAGUUUGCUUUUAAACCAAUUUCUUAGAGAUCAAAUUACUUGAAAUGCAUGGCAGACACUGCUGAAGACUGAUAUUUAGAUAUUGGGAGUGGAAGGGUUAAUAAAAUUCUGUGAUCUCUGAAGCAUCAUGAGCAAUAGAACUGUAUGUCAUUAAUACUAUAUCAAUUUAUCUCUUGCAGCAUCACAUGCUCCACCUAAGCCAGUGGUUCAGGUGCUGGGUCGUCAUGAACUGAUGAUAUCUUGGGAGAGUCCUCCCAAACCACUUGGAAGGAUUAACAGCUAUGAAGUCAGAGUAGAUGAUGUGGUAUGUAUGUUGUGAGAAUAAACAUCUUAUAGUUUAUUUUUACAGUGUUAACGGUGAUCUAAGCUUUCUAUCAAUGUUUGUCUAAUGAACACGUUACUGUAACAGUUACUACUCUAGUGAUAUAACCACGGUUUCUUAAAAAACAAAACUUUAAAGCACCUCAAAAAAGGUAUAUCGUGCAAAUUAGUCAUGCAGAAUUCAACACCCUUGUACAGUUACCUUGAAAUAUCCCAGUCAUGUUUGUAACGUUUUGCUUCAUUUCUUGUGUCAGCCUGCUAUCAGUCUUAAUGUAACAUGAUUCUUUUUAAUGAUAAUGCUUUUAUUUUGACUAGUGCCCAUGCAUUCAGCAAAUAAAUGCUUGGAGAAUGCAUGUAUUACUCCUUGUAUGAAUCAUUAUCUUGCUUUAACAGGCAAUUUACAAUGGAGUUGAAAAGAGCUGCACUGCCAAGUCUCUCAAACCCAAUACAGAAUACUCAAUCACAGUAAGUCUACACAUUGGCACUCCAUAAGAAAACUUAGUUCCUGUACAAUACAGCCAGUUCAUGUAGAUUUAACCAUUUUUUUAAUAAACAGACAGAAAAAGUGUCUAUAGACAGCUUAAGUCAGGGGUGCAGAGGGUAACAGGCUGAAGGCAUGGCAUAUAAAUAAUUGACUAAUCUUGGGAAGUUAAUGGCAGUGAUUUGGAAAAAAUAACUCUCCUCCUCUUUUUGAGGUGUUGAAUCAGUGAGUCUGUUGUCUUUUAGGUCAGUGCAUGGUGCAGUGAGGGUAGGUGUGAAAGUGUCCCAACCAAGAAGAGGACAGGAAGAGAAGUAUACAGUGAGAUACUUAUGAUCUGUUGAUAUUUAAAAGAGGAGUCUAGGAUUGUAGACAUAUGCCCCAAUUAAGGAACAAUUACUCAUGACACUGUUAUAAUAAGUGACAAAGUGAUAAAGCCACAAACAUGAUAAAGUUGCCGUUGGGUGUGGAUUUCAUCUGAUUGGAUGAGAAUAGUUUAGCAAAACUGAUGUUGUCUUAGAUUAUUUUGGACAUAAAUUCAAAUAUUGCUCUCAACUGACACAAGCUAAGCAGUAAUGUAGCAGGCCAGUAUGUAGUCACUCAUUUUUGUCACCCCUGACAAGGCAGUGGCUGCCUGUGACAUUCACUCUACAACAAUGGUCUAUGAUGAUGAAACUACAUGGUGUAAAAAAAAAACAGUAAUAAGUAACAUUAACUCAUUAACUGUAUGAAGACUACAAUGACUUUCCAAUACAGUAAAUAACCAUUUCUGUUGCUGUUUCUGCCUAAUUAACAAUUCCAUUAAUUUUCUAACCGUAAAGGGAAUUUUGCCAAAAUAGACUCUGAACUCAGGUAUUAGUUUUUCGCUCAAUUAAUUUUUUAUCGACAAACAACAAAAUCUACUUGCCCCUAGAUGAAUAGAGAACACAACCAAACUAACUAAAUAUGUAAUUUAUUUAACUAAAAAUCAGUAACACUUAGCUCUUUUUACCGUUUGGGAAGACUUGCUCGUUUCUUUUCUUCAUCUUGUUUUGAAAAUGUUGCUGUAACAAGUGUAUAGUUCCUUAUUCAACUCUUAGUCAUUUAUACCCCAACAUCAUUAUGCAUAUUCUCUACACAGUUAUCCAUACUAUCCUAUGGCACUGAUAAGGAGAAUCUGAUAGACGAUCCUCUUUGGUGGUCACUUCCUUUAUUCUCAUGACCCUAAUGUUUGAUUGAGUUGUGAUGAUGUGAGGAGAAAUUACAUGCUAGUCACUCUUAGGGGUGAAUGUGUUAACUACUUCAUUUUUACUUCUGUUUGAUUAAUGAUUUCUUUGCACCUGCACUAUGUAAACGGGCUCAGUUUAGCAGUCUGUCCGCCGUGUUUUUCUUCUCUGUUAUCUACUUCCUCUCUAGAUGUUAUUCAACAGGAGUUGUAUUUGAUGCCUGUCCCAUUCCAAAACCGUAGCUCUUUACUGUUGUCAACGAAAGUAGUACAGGCAUCUCUCACCUCGCCAAUAGCAUAGGAAGUACUUUUUUCUGACGUGUUAAGUUUUCAUUUUCUUUCAUAUAAUUGAUGGUGGCCAUAAAACUGGCAAACAUAUUUCACUGUUAGGUUGAAUAGGAAGGGUAUUAAUGGAGUGUCACUUUAAGACCAAAUUCUCUCUUGGGGAACAAGAAGGUUUCAGUAACUUCGUCAAGACAUUUUGAUUCCAUCUAAGUCUUGCAAAACUGUCUUCACCUUGAAGGAGAUUACAAAACAGUCUGGUGAGAUAGAAAAACACAAUUGAGGUAUUGAUAAAUCAAGAAGAAGCAACGAUGGCUUAGUUAGGAUGUCGAAGAUUGAGAUGGAUUGUAAAUGACGACUUUUGUAAAUGUAAACUAGCCACUUGAAUUAGAAGGUAACAGUUUGCGUAUUGCACUCACACUGCACAUGCACGUUUUUUAACAGACCCUUUGUGUACAGCGAAGGGCUCCACAAGACCAAGAAAUGCACGUACAUCCACAAAGACAACUGCUUCAGCUGCUGCUAAAGCUUCUACCAGUAAAACAAAAGCUAAAGGUGCUGUUUGUAUAGCUAGCUAAAUUAUAAAUUGAAAUGUAAAAUUCAAACGCAUAAAGUAAUGCGCAACAGCACUAUAGAUGAUAAACUUGGCCGUUGAAAACUGAUGUGUGCUAUCAUGACCAGCUCAGUAACAUCGAAUAAAUUUGUGCGCUUGACGAUACCUUCUUUUAGAUACGCCCAAUUCAUUAUCCAUGAUAUAAAUUUCGAUCUCCGUCAUUGUGUUACGUUCUUUAGCACAUUUCGGUGAUGAUGAUGAUGAUGAUGAUGAUGAUUCUAUAACAAAAUACAAUUCUAAUAAUCUCAACCCAUUUCAUAGUCUCGUGGCUAUAACUCAUCACUAAAAACUAAAUAAUACUGAUCACCAUGUACAUUAAUAUUCACUUUUCAAUGAUAUUUCCAAAGUUUGUAAUUCCGAGCUGAGUGAAAUAUCUAAUAUAAUAAUAUAACAUUUUCUGAAAUUACAAUUUAUCUUCUAAAUUUUAACCUGACUGAAUUGAAGAUACGGUAUAAAUCUGAGUAUGGAUCAGAAUAACACCAAGAGGCCGACUAAGUGGCAAGUUAAAUGACAGUUGUGUACAUAGACCACCUCGCUUAGAGUGUGAAAACAGGGUUUUGCCUUCACAAAUGAACGGACGGACGGGGACAACUCUUAAAACUCUUGUGGGUAAAGGCUCUCCUUGGGGGCACUCGCUGGCUGCGGGGAGGUAACCGGAAUCUAUUACGGCUGCUGACUAUCCUUGAGAGAAUGACUAACAACAACAGGGUUGGCUCCAACGUAGAUUUAUUCUGCAAGCUCGACUACAAUUUUGACCAGAACGGACCUGGCCAGGGCUGGUUCGACCCCGUUCUACUCCCUAACUUUCUCACCCAACCGCUAAGCUUUACAGAACAGUCCUAUUUAUACCUAACGUACAUGGAUAACGUAAUGCCAUGAAUAAUCUACAGGAUCAUGUAAUCUACUACACUAUUGGCUAAGUAGGAAUUUCGCCUUUUACAAUAUUAAUUACUUUAAAGAGUUCCGGUGGAUAACAGUUACACAAAAGGACAUGACAGGUGGCUGUUACAGUUUAACACUAAUAACAACUGCUUACGGGUGACUAAAGGAGAACUGGUAGUGUUUACGCUUUUCUGAACUAAGUUUUCUACGUGGAAUAUUGUAUUUUGAAGCGUAAGCAUGAAAGAACUCGAUAACUAAAAAUCCUAUCGUUACAUUCCUCCCACCUUAAAUCGAGACCUCCUGGUCGAGCGAAAAAGGAGAAGGCAUAAUAAAUACAAGAAACGAAAAAAAGCGCAGCGAAGUAAAACUAUAGGGGUGUUUUUGUUUGUUUGUUUGUUUGUUUUAUAAAUUUUGUAUUUGAUUUUGUUUUGUGCCUGAACCGCGGCAUAAACCGAACAAGCCGAAAUAUAAGGGCCUCGGGGGUUCAAAUUAAGCAACAGCAAGUACGAAAAGGUAAUCAAGCUUUCGGUUGAACAGACAAAGCUGCAAUUAUAGGGGUGUCAGUCGGGGCGUCCACCAUAUUCAAAGGUGCUAUUCGUGCAUGAAAGUUUGAAUCCUGGAGGCGAUUAGCACGCGGGUGGUUCUUAUAGAAGGUCGCGAUCAAGCGCUUGUCAAGAAUGUUGUCAGCCGGUUCCCAAGAGUUUUGGCUCGAAGGAAACCCUAGCCAUUUAAUCAAGAACUGGUGUUCUCCAUCUGUCAUCCUUUGUUUGAGCAGCUUCUCAACUUGGUAGACGUUGUCUGGAACUGGGGUAGGGUCGCUGGAUAAGCGUGGAGAAUCGUCCUCCUGAGCUUGUAACACCGAGGGAAUGGGGCUCCUGGUUUCAGAGGUUUGCGAACGAGUGAGAGGAGCAGCCUGGGGACGAGUUUCCUGAAGAAUAGGAGAGGGGCCAGUCGUACAUUCGUCGGUGUCUGGUAUUGGUUGUCCAGUGUUAACCUCUUGGUCAGGGGUGGGAGAUUCAGGAAGCACUUCAUUGUUGUCCGUUACAAAGCUGUCCGACGGUAAAUCAUUCUCAGCCAAAUAAGAUUCUUCAACAAGCUCUGGUGGUUGGCGAAUAGGGCGCGAAUCCGGUGAAACGUAACGCUUGAGACGAGAAACGUGGACGGUAGUGGAGACACGGCGGUUGUCGGUGGCCCGUAAGAUACAAUGAACUGGGGACAAGAAUUCAACAAUCUUGUAAGGUCCAUGCCAAUUAUGGGCUAAUUUCUUAGAUAACCCCUUCCGAUUGCGCGGCGUGUAAACCCAGACACUGUCACCAACUUGAUGCCUGAUAGGAACGGCGUGGACAUCAUGAUAAUCUUUCAUGCGCUGCUGAGCGCGCUGUAUAUUCUCUUUUGCAAUGCGAUGUGCAAUCUCGAUGUUUUCUACUACUCGUGCGCGAUGUUCCGCAACUGAAGCAGAGACUUCUCGAGGCGGAAGCAUGGAAACAUCCAUAGGGAGUCUAGGUUGUCUUCCAUAGAGUAAGAAAAAGGGCGAUUCACCAGUUACUUCUGACGGUGAGACACGAUAGCCGAAAAGUACUGGGUUUAAAUAGCGGUCCCAAUCUUUCUGAGAAGAAUUGACGUAGUGUGAUAAGCUCUGUGCUAAAGUUCCGUUGAAUCGUUCUACAAGGCCGUCGCAUUGAGGAUGAUAGCUUGUUGUAAACGUUUUCUUUGUAUCCAUGAGGAAGCAAACCUCCUUUACUAAGCGGGAGAGAAAAUUAGACCCUCUGUCUGAGAGCAAUGUACGAGGGGCACCAUGACGGGGUAGAAUUUCAUUGACCAGCAAGUCUGCGAUUGUCGGGGCAUCAAUCGUGGGUACAGCAAAGGCUUCUGGGUAACGGGUCAGAUAAUCAGAAAACACGACAAUGUAGCGAUUUCCAGAGUCACUCACAGGAAAGGGGCCAAGGCAAUCAACAGCUACCCGAUCAAAAGCACCUUCUACUGGUAUCGGUAAGAUGGGGGCUGUCUGUCGCUGUUUAGGGCUUUUCUUCAUCUGGCAAUGUGUACAAGAAAGACACCAAAAUUGUACGUCUGCAAACAUUUUAGGCCAGUAGUAACGUUCACGGAGUUUCUCAUAAGUCUUGUUCACUCCUAAGUGACCUGCCAAGGGAUCGUCGUGACCUCCAAUCAAAAUUUCCUGCCUUAGCGAAGUAGGUAUGACCAGCUGAGAGCGAAUCCCGGGGACACGUCGACCUCCCGGUACCCAAAUGUGACAGAGGAGCCCAUCAGGGUCCAAAUAAUAGUUGUCAAUGGAAUGCAAGACGGCUUUUGCUGCAGCACUGUUAUUGGGCAGACUCUCUUCCUCUAAGUAGCUAAUGAUGUCAGCCAAGGUGUGGUCUCGACGUUGAGCGUCUUUUACGCGGUCAACCUGUACACCAGGCUGAUCGAGGGCGGCGACGACUGAUUCGUAGGGUCGACGAGAAAGGGCGUCAGCGUUACCGUUGGUCGGCCCAGAGCGAUGCUGGAUAGUGAAGUCGUGUUGCUGCAGGAGAAGGGCCCAACGUGCCAGACGACCGGUAGGUUCCUUGAUGUUCAUCAACCAACGGACAGCGCUGUGGUCAGUUAGUACUGUAAACUGCCGUCCAUACACGUAAUGUUGGAAUUGUUUAACCCCUUCAACAACUGCCAGGGCUUCACGUUCCGUGACGCUGUAGUUUCGUUCGGCGGGAUUCAACUUCCUUCCGGCGUAAGCUAUGACGACUUCUCUUCCGUUCUGCUUUUGGCCAAGUACCAUGCCUAUGGCAUCAUUGCUUGCAUCGGUGGCCAGCUGAAAAGACUGCGUGAAGUCAGGAUAGGCAAGUAUUGGAGCUUCAGUGAGGGCCUUCUUUAACGUGUCAAAAGCCUUUUGACAAUCCUCAGUCCAGAGGAACGACGCACCCUUCUUUGUCAAGUCAUGUAACGGACUGGCAACCUGAGCGAACCCCUUGACAAACUUACGAUAAUAAUUUGUCAGGCCCAUAAACGCUCGUACCUCUUUGACGGACGUUGGGGCAGGAUAUUCCUGAACGACCUUGACUUUCUUGGGAUCUGGUUGUAUUCCCUCGGUAGUGAUCACGUGACCCAGGUAGUUUACCUCCUUUUGCCCAAAAUGGCACUUACUCGGCUUGAGUUUGAGGCCAGCCUCGCGGAAUCUGUCGAAGACCAAGCGUAGAUGGUGUAGAUGGUCCUCGAAGUUUUGAGAGUAUACCAAUACAUCAUCAAGAUAGAUGAGUGCAAUCUGCCAGUUGAGUCCGCGUAGAACACAUUCCAUUAAUCGCUGGAAGGUUCCAGGGGCGUUGCAGAGCCCAAAAGGCAUUGUGGUAUAUUCGUACAAUCCUGCAUGCGUGACGAAAGCAGUCUUCUCACGAGAAGCGGGGUCCAUUUCAACCUGCCAGUAUCCCGAAACCAAGUCAAGACUCGAAAAGAACUUGGCUCCUCCUAAGGCGUCAAGGCUUUCGGAUAUCAACGGUAGAGGAUAAGAAUCCUUUUGGUUAUCUUGUUAACCUUACGGAAAUCCACACAAAAUCUGGAAGAACCAUCAGAUUUAGGCACGAGGACUACUGGACUGGCCCAUGGAGAUACAGACGGUUGGAUGACGUUACGGUGAAGCAUGUCCUCAAUGUGUUUCUCUAUUGUCUCUUUCUGAGCAUAUGGCACCCGGUAAGGGCGUGAUCGUAUAGGCGGGUGGUCACCUGUUUCGAUAUGGUGCUGGACGAUGUUGGUACGCCCAAGCUCGUCGGGGUGUAUUGCAAAAAUAUCUCGGUAGUCUUGCAGGAGCUCUCGCAGACGCGACUGUUCCGCGGACGACAGUGCAGAAUUAUCCAGAUCAACUGGGACUGAGUCCAAUGGUCCUGGAUUCUGUGGAUCCGUAGCAGAUUCUUUAAAAGGGAGUACUCCGGAAUCUCCGUAGGCUUCGGAAAAAGUGCCCAAGGUAGCACCUUUCUGCAGAGUGACUGGUUGACUUGUCGGGUUAAUGAGACGGAACGGCACCGUGUGAUCAUCUGCAAUCUUUACCAAAGCAGCUGCUCCUGUAGCUGAUAACACUCUGCCAUUUGUGGAGAGGAUUCUACGAGACCGGUAACACCAGGUGCGGUCUUUUCGAGUAUACUAGCUGGAAACACUACUUCACUUCUGGGCGGAAUAACGUACGUUGAUGGUGCUACCACUGCCACUAAAGCGUCCGAAAAGAGUACUGUCGGGGGGUUCUUCAAGGCAAUUGUUAGAGUUCCAAAACUGAUUUGUGCCUGUUGGGCAUAGCAGAAAUCUCGGCCAAGGACUCCUUUGUAGUCCAGUCCGUCUAUCACUUUGAAGUCACAAGGAUAUUGACCACCAGCAAUUUCGAUGUCAGUCUGUAGGACUCCCCGAAUAGGCAUAGGCUGACCACUAACAGUUCGAAUUGAGUCCAUGGCGCUUGGCUUAAGGGGUGGUAUUUUCCCGUCAUAUAAGUCUGCGAGGUGCUUUGCAUCUAGCACAGAUAUGGCUGCUCCAGUAUCCACUAGACAACGCAUAGUUUUACCAUUAAUGCCCACCUCGACCAUAAGUUCUCCGGGUUUGUCCCUCUGGGUGGAGUUGGCAGCCAAUUUCUUCUGGGGUGUGCUCGUAAUGUCACCACUGCCAGGGAUAGUAGGAAGGGACUGGUACUCUGGUGUAGUCCCUAUAGCUGGUUGACAGGCCGGCGCUAGCUUCGUGCCACUGGCGAUAUGGCGAUUCGUAGUCGAUGGUACCUCCUUUUUGACAUCAAUACUUGAUGUGCCCUUGCCUUCAGUCAUUUUUCGAUGAUCUGGGCGAGUCUCUUCAUACACAUUUUCUGCAGCAUCUGGAUUUUCUGCAGGGACAUCACUAGAGGCUGGAAAAUUCUGUAAUGGCAUUUCUGUCGUCUGUGACAAGAUAUCUCUAGGGCGUGGGCCUUCUUGCACACUUCUGGGUGGCUCCAAACGGUCGGCCAACUGGGGCGCAGUUUCCGAUUCGGGAGGUGGCGUGAAAUCUUCCUUCGGAAACCCAUUUUCUAAUUUACAUUCCUUCUCUAACUGGAAGCUAGUGGCAGUUACAGGAGAUGACUUGAGAGGAUCUGAGUCUAGGUGGCCAGCGAUUUCCUCUCUUGGCAGUGACUGGGGCCCUCGUUGCGCAAACUGGGCGAAGUAUGGCUGAAACUGGUGAGUUGCUGAGGUAUAGGGGGACUCUCUCCGUAUGGACGAGAUACUGGAGGGUGGCAUCGUGUCUUCGGCAUAUGGUGCUGUAUCAAAGUCACCUACUCCAUCGUAAGCUAGAUCGACGUUGUAAUGUUCAUCAUCAUAAUCCCAUUCAUCCACUUCAUCAUUUUCUAGAUCGUCAGCAUAGUAACCAUAGUUAUAACUCAUUCCAUUAUAAGGCUCAUGGUAAAAGGGCUCUUCGGUGUGCAGAUUCGGAGCUCUGCUUGGUGUGGCAUCUAUCAUGUAAUGUCCCGAAGGAGCAACACCGUCAUUACCCAGAACAGCAACACGGUUCUGACUCUGCGCCGAAGGCAGCGCUCUCAAGUGUGACUGUGGACCAGCGGAAUAACGUACAUUGUUGUUAGGAGCGGUGUUUGGGUACCUGGGUACCAGUUGACGCUGGUCAGUAUCUCUUUGGGGGCAACUGUUCUGAAAGUGUCCCAUCAUUCCGCAGCGAUAACAUACUGGUCUCCCAUCUCUUGAUCUUUCUCGGUUACCCCGAGUACCUUGUCUGCGUUGCGCUAGACCAUUUAUGCGUGCGUCAAAUCGUCGAUCUAGGUUUUUAAUUUGGUCUUGUAACUGACCCUCCAUACGCUGCAUAAGGUUCGUAAGCUCGUCCAGUUUUCGUUCAUAGUUUCCUCGGGGCUCUGAACACGCAGCAACCUUGUGUGUGGUUAUAGGUGUCAGGCCGUCUAGUCCUUGAGUCAAUUUCUCAAGAUGAGCUUGAAUAAGUUGAGGCUGAAGGGUAUUACGGGCACUAUUAGAUGGUACUUGAGAUGGUACCUGCUGGCUACGGUUGAGCGCCUCGAUCAAUCGCUCGAUCUGGUCACCCUCUUUAGUGGUAUUCUCACGUUGAGAUAUUGAAUUAACGGUCCUAGCCACUUCCUCUGCUUGUAAAAGUGUUUCUGGCAUUCGCUCGAGCACUUUAAUUUUUAAUGGUUGGGUUAGACCCUCAGUGAAAUACGUGACUUUGUCUACCUCGGCCAUGUUUAACCCGCUAAAUAGUUCGUGCAUGUCAUUGAUAUAGUCUGACAAUAAUUCGUGGGGGCCUUGACGGCGAGCAACUAGCCUCCGUCGCUUAACCCAAGCACGGUCCUUAGUCGAAUAACGUUUCACCAGGGCCUGUUUUAAAAGCAUAAAGCUUCCUCGCUCCUCAGGCGGUAAUUCAAACAUGAAUGUUUCUGCUGGCCCAGCGAGGUUAUUAAUGAGCUGUGUUCUAGCGGCUGGAACAUCCAGUGGAAUUCCCUUAGACUCCAAAACCAACUCUAGUUUCUCAAACCAGCGGUUUAUGUCCUCGUUUUCAUAUCCGUGAUAUUUAUUAAUGUGAACAUCCUUAUUCAAUAAUUUCUGAGUGAGUUCCUGAAGGGCACGGAUGUAUUCUCCCUCCAUGGUAGUUGAAAUUGAGCUAUCAGCGCUGCUAGAGGUAAUCGAACUGGUAUCAGCGUCAGUAAGGUUUACGAGUAAGGGACUCGAAUCAGCGUUGGGAGAGUCGUCACAGAGUGAUCCUCCCUCGUAACUACCACGCUGGAAAUGUUCGUAAAUGUCGCCAGGUGAAGUAAUAAUUGGCAACUGUUGUCCACCAGAAGAUGUACUGUUAUUCACUACGAAAGUUGUACCAGGUGGCGUGAAUGACGUAUGAUCAACGAGGUGUAAUGUACUCUCUGGUACCUGUUGUCCACCUGUCGCAAGGGCGGUAUCUGUAAAAUUUUCCUCUUCCUGGAAAAUGUCUAUUUCUUCUGUUAACGUGUUUAUUUCCUCAGUAUCCUGGGUAUUACCAGGGCAAGGUGGCUCCAAACUGUCAGAACUGUCUUCGCUAGUAGAAACUUCGCUGAUAUCUACAAGUUCCAAGUUGGUCUUGUUAAACUUGUCAGAGUCUCUUUGAUGGUUUUCUAAUGGCUCAGAAUCAGUGUCUUUUUCGGCGGUCGGUCCCUGUCUUACUUCCGGGGCUAUGUCACUUUCGUCGAAUGGCAAAUCGGUCUCAACACAGGCGUCCACUCUCGUAGGUGGUGUGUUUUUCCCACGUAAUUUUCCUUUACUUCUCAAAUUAUAUGGGUUGGUCUUCUUUCUGAAAAACCUCGACAUGAAAUGGGUAACGGUCUCUCUCUCGUUUCGUUUUUUGUUGUGUUUUUUUUUCUUUUUCGUUUUGCUAUGUAAUUCCACUUACUUGGGCGUCUUCUUUCUUGUUCGCUCCAGGGGUCAAACCAACUCUUCGUGAAGCACUUCUCUCUGAUAGUCUUUCCGUAAUUUGCCGCUCUCCUCUACCAGUGUGAAAACAGGGUUUUGCCUUCACAAAUGAACGGACGGACGGGGACAACUCUUAAAACUCUUGUGGGUAAAGGCUCUCCUUGGGGGCACUCGCUGGCUGCGGGGAGGUAACCGGAAUCUAUUACGGCUGCUGACUAUCCUUGAGAGAAUGACUAACAACAACAGGGUUGGCUCCAACGUAGAUUUAUUCUGCAAGCUCGACUACAAUUUUGACCAGAACGGACCUGGCCAGGGCUGGUUCGACCCCGUUCUACUCCCUAACUUUCUCACCCAACCGCUAAGCUUUACAGAACAGUCCUAUUUAUACCUAACGUACAUGGAUAACGUAAUGCCAUGAAUAAUCUACAGGAUCAUGUAAUCUACUACACUAUUGGCUAAGUAGGAAUUUCGCCUUUUACAAUAUUAAUUACUUUAAAGAGUUCCGGUGGAUAACAGUUACACAAAAGGACAUGACAGGUGGCUGUUACAGUUUAACACUAAUAACAACUGCUUACGGGUGACUAAAGGAGAACUGGUAGUGUUUACGCUUUUCUGAACUAAGUUUUCUACGUGGAAUAUUGUAUUUUGAAGCGUAAGCAUGAAAGAACUCGAUAACUAAAAAUCCUAUCGUUACAAGAAUUACCACUCCAUAGAAUGCUUCAAGACAGCAUGUAUCUGGAAAACGUGAGCAGUUCAGGGUAUUUUUCUCACAGCAAGCGCUGUCAAAUGUUUUGACUAGUUUUUUAGCUAGACGUUUAUAUAUUUUUUCAGAUGUGCAUUUGGUAACAAUAAUUGCGGGAAUACCUUCCUUACCUAAGCGCAUAAUUGACCAGUUUAUUCGGCUUGUUCCCUAACAUCAAGCCUUACUUGGUCUUGUUCCUAAUUUGAAGAUUUCUUUGCAGCUCCUACCAGGAAGCCUUUAUAUCCAUUUGAAAAGAAAACUGUACCAGUUAAGCAAGAAAAGGGUGAGGGUUUGAUUUUAAGCGACAUCUUGUUAAAUUUGGUGAAAUGUUUGCAACCAAAUGUACUCUUAUGUUAGGGUUCUGUUAUUACACUUGGCUCGGUGUAUUUGUAGAGAACUGAGGGCGUGGCUGUUAGAUUCGCACUCGCUCGCAUUUAAACGGCGCUGAACCAAAAUAACUUAGUAGGGAAAAAAGAAAAGAAAAUUUGUACCAUCUGCGAUGAUGGACGAACUAUGUGUGGUACGUGCUCAUUUGUUUCUGCUUUGUGGGAGGUGCAUUUUAUGGGUUUGGGUUUCUAUUACUUUCCUUUUACAGUCAUCGUCAGAAAGGAUUCAUUUUACCAGAGUUCCACAGUUAAAAGUUCUCUCUCAUUUCUCUGAGUUAUAAACAGCGGUUUUUCAGUUUUUACCAGUCUUUACUCGUCAUUACUUUUUCCAGUACUAAGAAGAGCAAGGACUGCCGAAGUGCUGAGAGUUCCAACAGGAGAUAGUACACUAACAGCGGACAGUAGGGAGGCAAAACUCAAGAGGAACGGGGUAAACUUAUCUUGAGGUUUAUAACUAUGACAUUAAGGAAUCUGUGUCAUUAAAAAAUGAACGACGAAUUCAUGCCGGACUCAUCUACAUUUGAAGCAAUUGCAGACAACAAAUUCAUUCAGCGUAGUUUUGAUAUUUUGAAUUUCAGCAUAAGAUAGAAAUCAAUGGGUAGCUCGGGCAAAAAAACCCAUAAGCUCUAAAGUUUGUUUGUGGCUCUACUUGUAUCUGGAAGUCACAUAUUCAAGCUUUGUGGAAAGCUGAAUUCUUUUUUCAGGUCUUACUUUCUGCUGAAAUGUUAGUGAUUACCUCCGCCAAUGGAUCGCGUUGAUGACAUUGCGUUAAUCUUUUUUGUUUUACCCUUAGAUAACAACUGAGAAGAAGACUCGUCCUCAUACAACCAUAGGAAGGGAAGAUGUGUUGAACAACUCCCAGCAAUCUAUCAAGAAACCCACUGGUAAUGACUUUAUCAUCAUAUGCUCUCUGGUAAUUAGCCUUUUCAUUGCUGGCAGAAGAAAAGAAAACAAUUGGCGUAUCAGAGUUUUAUCCUUUUACUUCAAGAAGAUUAUCCAAAGAAUGCUAGUUUACGAUGUUAAAUCGUGAACUAAAAAGGACAGUGGCACUUCCUUUUCUGGCGGUUAUAUGGUUUUUUUGCGGCAGGGUUGUUGAAAGUUCAACAAACCCUUUUUUGGUCAACGGCUCCCUGAUCGAAAAUAAACAUAGCAAGAAGACGUAACACCUUUUUCGGCACAAUGAAGUAAUAGUUCUUAAUUUGUAGCGUUAUAUAUAGUUUCAUUAUUUUGUGGCUUUACAUUCCUUUUCUAUCUUAUUGCCUAGCAUCACAGUUUCGGAUUUCACUCGAAAAUAUUUUGCACUGGAGUGGUAUCAAAGAACAUCUGAGAUGUGAUUCUUUUAGUCACAAACUUGGGAAAAAGGAAAACAUCUGAGUGAGGGAAAAUCUGAAUCCCAGUUAAGAGUCAAACCCUAGACCUUCGAAUUUCUGAAUUUUAUAGUAAGGUAGCCACAUACUAGGUUCAAAUGUAACCAAGCUGUCCAUGUGUCUCUUGUUAGGGCGUAAAACAACCAAGUCUCAGUCGCCUAGUCUGUCGCAGUCACUCGAGUCCUUGGGGAAGGAUAGUGACGAUUCAAAGGUAGUAAUGCUAUCUUUUUGAGCAAGUUAUUUCGUAUUGCGUAGUCUGAGAUCGAAGGCUUAUUAACACCUCCGAUAUUGUGUUUUUGGAAGGAAGAGGGGGAUUUUGAAUGAUUGUCCGAGGAUUUAUAAUCCUACGGCAACGUUUGUGAGAAGAUUUUUAGCGGUUAUUCAGCAUUUCAAGAAGCUGGCUUGUUAUGUCACCUUGAGCUCCUAUUCGCCCCUCGUGAUAAUUUUUUUGCUCUGAUUGGCCGCUCUGACUAUGUUGUUUUCGGGUUUUGCGACACUUAAAUGCCAUUUGGAAAGAUAGUUUAUAUGAUAUGCUUAUUUUAAUUUCAUCCAGAGUACAAGCCAUUCAUUAAGUGGCUCCAGCUCAGCUUCAUCAGCCAGUUGUGAAGUGAAGGACAGGAGAGCUGUGAGUGAUGCUGCUCAAAUAGAAAUUGGGAAAAAACUGACAAAACGUAAUUCUCAGCUGGGAGGCUCGGCAUCCUCGUUAACAAAAGAAAGGGCUGGAAAAGGUCAGUGCUGGCCUUAUACUUUGGAUAGCGCAUCUCUGUUCUCGCGCUGAACACUGUUUUCCUCGCUUGAAAUUUAAGGGGGUACUGCACAUUUGAUUUAUCAUAAAAAAAAGUGGAUCAAGUCAGUAUCUGAGCAACUGCGCACCCUCCCGCCCCUUCUUACCCGACAACAGUCAACUGAGAACAACUAAGGGUGAACUUAGAGUUAAUGUUGGGUUGGGAGGGGGGGGGGCAGGUAGGUGCACAGUUGCUCAUAUACUGACAUUGAUCCAUUCGUGUAAAUUUUUCAAGUGAGUGUUUUUGUAAGUUGAGGGCAAUGUCGUGAAGUGGCUCAAUUAGUUAAAAAUGAAAAAUUCCAUGAUUAUGUCGUGACUCAACAGUGUAUCACUGAGCUUUACACAGUCAUAGUCCCCUAAGUUUUUUUCCCGCUAAAAUUAAGUCGUCAAUUUAUGUGUCCUAUGUGACGAGUGAAAUCUGGGGAUCAUUGUGUUGUGGGAAGAACUGUUAAAUAACGUUAAGCUUAUUCAUUCUACAAGUUGAUUUCUCUUGGUUUUUGCUUGCUUUUCUUUUCAGGUCCAAUAAUGAUGAGAAGGUCAAGUCUUCCGGGGAGCGGAGGGGUAUCUGGUAAAAGAUCCUCAUCUAGAUCCACUACAGUUAAAACACCACAAAUAACAAUUGGAGAAGAUUCUCCUUCGACUUCUAAGGACAGGCAAAGGUACAUCAAACUAACAGACUCUGGGACUGUUCGUGCAAAUCAGUCGAACAUGUAUUGAUGUAUUGAUUAGCAAGGUCUUUGUCAUUGAAAAUGGUGGUGGCGGCGGUGGGGAGAGGAGUAUCCGUGGAGGACCAGCUUAGCUGCUGGACCCCUUCCCGGUUGCUGUAGCACAAGGUGAAGAGGAUUACCGGUACUCUCUUCCGGAUGAUAUGCUAAUGUACGGCGCGUUGCCCUCGGCACAUUAUCACGUUUCCUCGUUAAUUUAUCGGUGUUGGUGCCCAUCCGUACUUUUGUGGAAAUUAAAUUGAUUUUUCCAAGAACAUUAUGAUAUGGAUUGUUAAACAAAUCCUCACAGUCAUUAUCAUAGUAAAUGUGGAGAGAACACUGUGGAGAAAUUGCGUACUGAUGGUAGAGAAUGAGCGUGACAAAGAUAUUUUACGUAUCGACCAUGAAGUGACUUGAAGUACAUCCGAUCCAUUGAGUCUUUUUGUUUAUCUAUUUAUUUAUUUAUUUAUUUAUUUAUUUAUUUAUGUAUUUUUUUUCAGUGGGUCUUCCUCUACUCUAAGAGUCACUAAAAUCGCAGGGGAGGUUGCUUCUCUUCAGAUCUCUGAAGGAAAUGAUGCGUAAGUGUUUUAAAUGGAGGCUGUGCAAUAUUGCAAUGAGUAUAAUUUUGUGGUCUACUGAUCAGAACGUACAAAGGUUGGGUAUUUUCUUGUAACUUUGUCUCAGAUUUUGCUUUUCUUUUUGGGGGAAGAUGAAGUCGUGUCUAUCAUUAUAACUGAGUGUCAACGUUUUCCAUGUACUUUAUUUUAGGAAACCUCCCCGACCACAGAAGAAGACUCAGUUUGCCUCGUCGUUUAAUGAACUCAAACAGGUGCACAGAGGAACCAGGACAAACAGUUCAAGAAGCAGCUCCUCUGAAGGCAGACAUGGGGAAGAACAAUAGAUGGAUGGAGAUGGAACAAAGAAUCUUUAAACCAUAUGCUCAAUCCCGGGGAGGGACAAGAGGAUAGGCACGGGUGGG